GGUCAUCGGGAAAGGGACGGAACGGUAGGGUAGAUGGCAUGGUAGACGGUAGGCUAGAGGGUUAGGGUAGGAUGGUAGGGGAGAGGGUAGGGUGAAGAGUAGGGUAGAAGGUAUCUUUUGAUUUUGUUUUCCUAGUGGAAAAUGUUUUUAUAUUUUUUCAAAAACGAUUUAUUUUUUUAAAAUUUUGUAAGAAAUCGUUUAUGUUAAAACGAAACACAUUUCCCCCAGGAAAAAAAAAAACAAAAGAAACCUUAAUCGUUCCUCUAAAUGUGUAAGGAAACCGAUUUUGAAAAUAUUGCUUCGUUACUUGAUGAAAAAUUAAAAACCAAAAUGUAUUGCUUCGUUACUUGAUGAAAAAUUAAAAAUCAAAAUAUGGGGAAAUGCAUACAGUUAAAAUCUACAUAUAAAAAUAAAUAAAAAAUCCUCCUGGGAUCCGUUCAGGGUUGGUUUAGAAAUUCCUGAAUGGAUUCUUUGAGGUAUUCUCGUCGGCGUUCCUUAGGAAAAUUCUUCUGCUAGGAUUCCUUCAGAGAUUCUCACCGACAAGGAAUAUGGAUUAUAUAGAUUUCUGGCGAGAUCCUGGCAAUCCUGAGGAUUUUUUUAGGUCUUCGUGCCGAAAUUCCUGAUGGGAUUCUUUUAAAACCUGUUCCCGUGUUUUUGUCAGGAAUUUCUUCAGUAAUUCAUUCCGAGAUUUCUUCUGUGAUUUUCCCAGGGAUCCCUGCUCAGCUUCCAGCUGGGAUUCCUGUCAUGAUUCCUCUAAGGAUUCCAUCAGGUAUGCUCAACGUGAUUCUUUUAGAAAUCAUUUCAAGGAUUUAAAAAAAAUGCUGGAAGGAUUAUAGAAGGCAUUCCUCCAGGGAUUACUGCUCUAAUUACUUCAGGGACUACUCCUGGUAUGCUUUCAAAUAUUUCUCCCAAAAUAUAAUUAGAAAAUCAUAGCGGAUUUUUUAAGGUAUACGGCCGGAAUUGCUACUGGUAUUCCUUGAAAGAUUCUUCCAGGGAUUUUUCAGGGAUUUCUCCCGGAAUUUCUCCAGUAGUUCUUCCCGAGAUCUCCUCUGAGCUUCUUUCAGGGAUUCCUGUCAAGCUGCCAGCCGAGAUUCCUCUUAUAAUUCUAGCAGAUAUUCCUCCCAGAAUUCUUUUAGGGAAUUCUCCGGGGAUUGCCUUAGAAAUAUCUAGGAUUCUUUCAAGUAUUCUAGUUGGCCUUCCUUCAGGGAUUACUGCUGGAAUUCCUUCAGAGAUGCCUUCCGAGAAUUAGUAAAGGAUUUAUUUGAGGAUCAUGCUAGGGUUUUUUUCAGAGAUUCCUCCUGGUAUUCUUUCAAAGAUUUCUUCAGGGAAUCUUGACGGGAUUAUUUUAGGUAUUCGUGCCAGGAUUCCUGAUGGGAUAAUCCUUUAUAAAGAAUUGUGAGACGCCUUGUGCGGGUUUGCAGAACCAUUUAGUGGAAAGAUUUUUCCAGUGCACAAUUCUUUACAGAAAACUUGUUUAUGCUCGUAUACCAAAAUAUAUUGCACAUAUGUGCAUAUUGUUUCUAUGAUGCUGCGUUCUUGAAUUAUGACUUUAUAAAGUUAGUGGUGUUCUAUUCUAGAAGUAUCCGGUAAAAUAAACGACUCAGAUUAAAAAUAAUCGUAUAUCUACUUAAGAGCUUUGUGGAAAAUAUGAGAAUGAGACCCUUCGACCUCAGCAGAACUCCCCAAUGUUAGCUUUGUCUUUAUUUUGGUUUCGUCGAAUGACACCAAAUGUCCUAUUUUAGUAUCCAAAAAAAAUGCUAAAAUAGGACAAUUUUUUUUUUUAAUAUUUCGAAAACCAGUAGAGGUAUCGCAAUUUCAAGGUCAAAUUUGGCUCAAAUGGGUUCUAGAAUCAACGAUUAAGCUUAGAAAAGUUAUGUUCGAAAAUGUUAUUUGAAAUGUUUUUUAUUGAAUAUUGGCCCCAGCAUUCCAUAAAUUCCAAUCGAACCCUGAAUAUCGAAAGAAAGCGCCAUUUUUCAGCUUUCAGCUCACUUAUUUCGACCAGUACAUCUCUUCUCACUUGGGAAAUCAUAUCACGUAGAGAUUUUGCAAAAUAAGUCCUAUCCUACUGCUACACGAUAUACACAUACAAAAUGAUCAGUGGCAGAGGAAACUCUCAGUUAAUAACUGUGGAAGUGCCCUGCUCAUAGAACACUAAGCUGACUAAACAGAAACUUGUUAAUCAAUUAGUCUCAAGGUAACCUGUGGAGCGGACCUGGUGUGAUGGUUAAAGCACGUGACUAUCACGCCGAGGACCUGGGAUCGAAUCCCAUUCCCUACAUACUCACAAUGAAAAUGUGAGUUCUUCCUUCGGAAGGGAAGUAAGGCGUGGGUCCCGAGAUGAACUAGCCAAUGGCUAAAAAUCUCGUUAAUACAUAUGAAAAAAGGUAACUAAUUCAUCAACUUUUUAGUGCAUGAAGAAAAUCUUUUUUUUAUUUUGUGGUUUUGAAAAUUCAAGGGUUAUCUUCGUCAUAUUUUCACCUUGAUUAUUCGAUUCCCUAACCUCAACGCUAGCUGAUCAACAAGUGCAAGUUCUUGAUUUUUUAUAACAAAUUAUUCCAAUUUGAUUUCCAUCUUAAAUUUUCAUAAAUCGCAAGUUUUAGGGUCGUUGAACAGGUAAAAAGUGAGGUUACGAGAUGUCACUGAUUGUAAUGUAUUUUAGAAUUUUGAAAAAAUGGGAACGAUUUUAUCGACGGUUGCAGAAAUUAGCUAUAGAUUGAAUCAUUUUCUCUCUUCUAUUACAGCGUUGAGAAGCCUCUCCAGUCUUUUACUCCAGGAUGGAGGCACUAAACAGCCAGUGCACGGCGCAAAGCAUCGGCCCGGCGAAUCAGCUGUUCGCCAUGCUGAUCCAAACGAUUGCGGCAGCCCAGUGUAGCAUUUCUCCGCCGGAAAUGUGGCCGAAGGAUUACGCUCCCAUUGCGUUGAGUGCAGGUCUUCAAGAGUACGAUUUCAUUAUCGUUGGGGCUGGAUCGGCUGGAGCCAUAUUGGCGAAUAGGCUAUCGGAAAACCCGGAUUGGAAAAUUCUGCUGUUGGAAGCCGGAGGAGAUCCACCGAUUGAAUCCGAGAUUGUCGUCCUGCAGAACAGUAUGGUACGGUCCAGAGUGGAUUGGCAAUACUUCACGGAGCGGGCGACCGAUUCUAGCCUCAGCACCGUGAACGGAACCUAUUGGCCGAGAGGAAAAAUGUUGGGCGGAUGCAGCGCCAUAAAUGGGAUGAUGUACGUUCGAGGAAACCGGGAUGAUUACGACGAGUGGGAACGAUUCGGCAAUCCAGGAUGGGGAUGGAAGGAUGUUUUGCCGUACUUUAUCAAAUCGGAAAAUAACGCAAAUCCAGAAAUUGUCAACAGCAAUGGAGGAAUGUUUCACGGCACGGGAGGAUAUCAAAGCGUAGCGUUCUACGGCGAUACAAAUGUGUACAGGGAAAUAGUGAGAAGGGCAACUAUAGAGGCUGGAUACAAACAGUUAGUCGACAUCAAUGCAGAGGAGCAUAUUGGUUAUGGUCGAGCUCAGCGGAUUGUUGAGGGAGCUGCCCGUUGUAGUACCGCCAAGGCAUUUCUAAAUCCAAUUCAAAAUCGUCCAAACCUACACAUAAUCAAAAACGCGUAUGUUGUAUCACUUUACUAUGAAUACGGAACUGUAGUGCGAGGAGUUAACAUGGUCAUAGACAAUCAGCACUGUUUAACAGCAAUAGCAUCGAAAGAAGUAAUCGUGUCAGCUGGAGCGGUUAACACUCCUCAACUCCUGAUGCUAUCUGGCAUUGGUAGGCGUGAGGAUCUAGAACCACUUGGUAUACCUGUGAGAGCGGAAUUGAGUGUUGGUGAAAACUUACAAGAUCAUGCGUUUGUGCCAAUAUUUUAUGGAUUAGGAACAUCUGUCAUGGAUAUAACGGAAAUUAGACGCGAAGCUCUGAUUAACUUGUUUGAUUUCACACUUCGCAAUCGGAGCACUUACAUCUUCGAUAAAUUGAGUGACUUCAUGGGAUUCGUCAACACAAAAGACAGGAAUGCACUAUUUCCCGAUAUUCAAUUCAUGAACUUGUUAAUGCCGAAGGAGGACUUUGAAUCGUUAGAAUUUUACUCCGGAAUGGGUUUCAACGACAGAGUAUUGAACUCAAUAAGAACACAUAUUCAAGAGCAAGAUAUGAUCGUCCCAUGGAUAAUAAGCAUUGAUCCUAAAUCUCGCGGUCGUAUCCGUCUUAAAUCAGCAAACCCCUUUGAUCAUCCAUCGAUUACAACCGGAUACCUUAGCGAUAGAGAGGACUUGAACUCUCUUCGUGAAGGCAUAAGAAUGCAGCAAGCAUUAUUCAGUACAGAGGUUUUCCAAAAACUGCAAGCUCGUCCAUUGAGAAUCGACAUUCCGGAGUGUGACGUACUGCUGUAUGAUUCGGAUGAUUUCUGGGAAUGUUACAUACGGCACAUGACUACCACUUUGUAUCAUCCUGCGGGAACGGCAAAAAUGGGACCAUGGAAUGAUCCGACGGCGGUGGUCGAUUCAGAUUUGAAAGUGUAUGGAGUCGAACGCUUGCGAGUUAUUGAUGCAAGUAUAAUGCCUAACGUAAUAAGUGGAAAUACACAUGCUCCUACCAUGAUGAUUGCAGAAAAGGCCUCGGAUGUGAUAAAGCAAGCACACUUUUUCAGUAAGGAUUCAUACACUGUGGUGGAUGGUGGAGUGUUUUCUCGACUUGAUCACCAGAUCACGGAGCCACCAUUGCCACAAUUCCUCGACUGUUUUCCAACCAAUAUAGUUGAGUUGAAGAAGUAAACCAGGUAAUUAUUUUAUAGUGAAAAAUAUGCUGCUUUUUUAGUUUCGUUUCAUUAGUUUGUAGAAUGUUUACAGGAUAGUGACUUGUUUUUUAUAAAAACGAAUAGAAUUUCUACUUAUGUAAUACAGUAUCGCUCAUUUAUUCAUAAGAAACAUGUUUGUUUAGGACAACGUUUCAAAACAGUUUCAAAUCCACCCAAAUAAUCGACAAUUGUAAUAAGCCGAAACUGUUACUUACGUAUCACAAAUAAUCACAAUUUGGGGUUCAACUAAUAUAUACAUCAAUAAUCAAUUAUUCAUAUCAUUGGAAUUUGUUAAUUGAACCAAUUUAGAAUAAUAAUAAGUUGUUUGUUUUUGCGGAAGAUAAAAGGCAAAGCUGUAAGAGAAAUAAUAAAGGAUAUCUACACCAAAAACUUGUUUGAUUCAGUGUAUAGUUACGGAAUUAUAAGCUUAAGUUCUUCUGAAGAUUAGCAUAGCUGCAUGGCUUCCGAUUCAAUAUACAGAGUAAAGUGCGGCAAGAGUUGCUUUUGAAGUUUUUGAGCUCAAUUCAAAUUAUUUCUUUCGGGUUUCAAGGUUGUUCGAAGCCUUUUUGAAUUAGAGACUUUCACUCCAAAAAUUGUGAAAAUUGAUUAAUAUUUCGAAAAGGUUUGAUCAAAUAUUGGUAUUUAAUCAAAACAUUGUAAUUGGCGAUGGUACUUUCAGCACAUGGAUUGGAAUUGUAAUGAAUUCAAAUUCAGUCUUUUAUUUUGAGGAUAAUUCGAUCAAAGUUAUAGAAAUUUGCCGUUCUAUAUGAAUUUGGUGAAAAACUACUAUUUUUUGAUUCUACGUAGUUUAUGGACAGCACCUAAAACAAACACAACUCAAAGUGCUUCCCAGAUUUUUUUUCUGUUGGAGACAUUUUUUUUACGCAUUGCAUUGGGCGACAUCCAUUCUCAAGCUAAGUAUCCAAUCGUUUGCCUGGAGUGGAGAGAGAGCGUUAACUGUGACAAGGUUAAAAAUAGAAGCAAUUGUAUGUAUUCAAAUAUAGACUACCAUGGAAGCUUCACCGGAAAGUGGUUGUGUUGUAUGGAUCUGUUCCAUGAUUUUUUGUACUUUGACAUGCAGUCAUUCUGACGCAUACUGAUCAAUGCAGUAUGAAUUUCUCUAAUAUAACUGAUUUUCUAAAACUGGCAAAAAACGGCAGGCAGGUUGUUGUUGAAAGUAUCAGAGUUCGUUAUGUUACGGCAUGGUUCUAUGCAAGAUUUUAUGUCUUUUAGCAAUAGAACAUUCGUUGACUUCCUUUUGCAUAGAAAUGUUCGUGCCAGUCAUGCGAUAUACAAACGCAAAACUGUCAUUGGCAAGGAUAGUUCUCCAGUCAAUAACUAUCAUAGUUCAUUUUAAGCCAAGUACCACGUUCCGUCUAAAACGUUACACCAAGAAGCAGAAGAAAAAUAACUGGAUGGUUUUUAUUAUUCUGAACUAAAACAUUCAUGAAUAUUUAGGGUGUUCAGACGAAAACAGUAUGAUGAUAACCCAUUGGAUUUGUGAGUUUUUAAUAAGAUUCAAAUCAAUUCAUCAGUGCUUUCAUAAUAAGAAUAAUCCCUUUAUGCUUGCCAGGUGAACGAAACUAAACGUUUUCAUUGCUUCCUGGAACAUUCCUGGGCAGAGUUCAAGUAUUGACGAUCAAAAUGUGAUAUUGGUUUGUUUGAGAUAAGAGGUAAAAGUACUGAAAAUAAUAGCAAAAAUUUGUUCUUGAACCAGCUAACCAGCUAUUGGUAAAAUAUGAUAUUUGAAGAUCAAUCAAAUAGUUCACUGCUAUUGGUUACAUCUUACCAAGAGCUAAAUGUGCUAUGAUGAUGAUGUUCCAGGAGUAAAAUUGAGAUAUUAUUUUCAGUACUUUUACCUCUUAUCUCAAACAAACAAAUAUCGCUUUUUGUUCUCCAUAUAAAAAUAUGCUAUUAUUGAGCUUUUUCCUCUGCUCGGGUUGCUACUAUAAAUAGCAACAGUAGCAGCAGCAGCUAGAGAUACAACCAACGAACUUCACAUCAUCUAGUCUAGGUCUAGAUGCUCCGUAUUAGCUUUAUCACCACGCUAUUGCUGCGCCCAGUAUAUAAAGUGUCGAUUUUCUCUAAUCACCAAACCAGUCCAACAUGAUGUAGGAUAAGAAUGCAAUACGUGGACUUCACCGGUUGACUACACGUUCUGACGAUAAACUUUGUCCAAGAUAACACAAUCAUUUGCCGCGGCGACUGGAACUGCCUCCCCCUGACCGGUGUCCGCCGUUUUGCUGAAUGAACCUAAUCGUAACCCUUUUUAAAUUGAUUUGAUAAUGAUUUGGUUUUAUUUUAUUUCAAUUUAUUAAAUCAUAAUUAUCAGCUAUCAAUUUUUCGUCAAACUCACAGAACUAUAAUUGUCCGGCGUCUCACGCUGCACGCAAACUCAUCAUCGCAUGCAUCGGUUUGUUUGGCCUUAUUCUGAUUCAUGAAUCACGAGAUGGACACAGCACAGCACACUUUGGGGUGUGAUUGUAAUGCUAAACACAGCUCGCUUCACAGUGGCUCUGCAGCACAUAUAUGUUACCUUUUUCCUGCAAUUGGGACAGAACUCAAAAAAUGAAAAAUUUCAUAAUAAGCUUUUGAAAAUUAAGAAUUUUAAAGCACCUCUUACAAGUUCAAUUAUUUAACAAAAUAAACGAAAUUUAGUUGUGUGAGAUGAGUUUACAUACACAGAUAAACAUAAUGAGAUUUACACGUCAUGUAAACUUCAUUUCAAUCAUGUAACCUUAGUGUUAUGAUGGUUUACAUGAUAUAUCAUGUAAAUUUGUGUUAUAUGUUAUGUAAACACUCAGAGUCAUGCUGAAUGACAUGACAUAUAAUGGAAGUUUACAUGAUAUUUUAUGACUUUUACAUGAUAUGUCAUGUAAACUUUUGUGAUAUCCCACGCUCCAAUUAUGUGCAUCAUAUGUCACAGAACUUUACACUCUUUUUUCGAUAUGUGUAGCUUUUCACCAUUUGCAUCAAUGAUUCGCUGCAAAACGGUAAGUCAAUAAGGAUAGCGUCCAACAUAGCUCUGGUCCGCACAAAUCCCUACCUUAUGCUUCCACGUGCCAAUCGAUGACAAAGGCCGCCAGCUAAGAGUUGUGUGCUUAGUUGGUAGUGUAGCAUGCGCACUGUUGUCCUUCUGACUUCAGCUAGAUUGAAGAUAACGUACCGAGCGUUUGUUCACCAAGGAGGUGCGGCUCAAACAGCGUCUGUUCUGACACCGAGUGGCUGAUUAUGAAAUGCUCCUCCACCGGAAGCUAUACCUAAGGUGGCAGCCCCACCACUGUGGAUAGGGGAUUUUAGGAUAACAACCUACAGUUCCCGAAUUCCAAAAACCGUUAUAAAAACCGAAAAUGAAAGAUUAUGAUCUGAUUCAACGGCAACGACUUUUAGCGCGAAACAACGGACAAAAAUUAGAACUUAGAAUGUAAUAACCCUAGCUCAGCAGGGUAAAUUGGCACAACUAGCAUAUGCAGCUUGAGAUUCUAGGACUCAGCGAAGUCCGUUGAAGAACACAGAUUGGCAUCGGGUCAAAUUCUGCUACAGUGGUAGACACUCGUUUAUCGGAGGAAUAUUUUUUCUAUUUUUUUCGCAACUGUAACAAUUUUAUUUUCUUUUUUUAAUUUUGUGAGGAUCUUCUUGGUACAAUAAAUUAUUUAUUUUAUGGCCGUAAAAUACAAGAAAAAAAGAAAAUUUGCCUAGACAUUCGUUUAGCCGAAUUGUACAUUUUUUAGAAUUCAAUAAAAACUAUCAAACUUCGAAUAAUAUUCAACUCAAUCAUUUUGUAUGGUGACCUGCACUAUAGAUCAACUUGUAAAUCAUGAAUUUAAUCAUUUUCAGAAUUAAUAUUAAUUUUACAUACAUCUCAUAUAAGUAAGUUAUAAUAUUGAAAAUGUUUCCAAAUUGAGAUUUGUUGUGAUUAUUUUCAUCGGAAGUGUUUUAAAAGAUUCCAAUGAAAGUAUCACGACGAGUGCAGGUUGAAAAACUACGAAAAACAAAGUUUUUAACAGAAAAAAUUGCCUCAAGUAAAAAAAAAAAUCACGUAUUUAAGUAUUGUUUUGAUAAAAUAUGAUAGUUCAACUUGCAUUAACCACAGCAUUUACUACUAUUACGUCUUCUAAUAGCUCCCAAUAGCUGAUUGACUGUAUUCUGGCUGAAAUAACAUACAUUGGACGCUCCACAUUUUGAGAAAUGGCACCCAAAAUAUUCAAAUUUCUAGCAUGAACUACUUGUUUCAUAAUUUAGACGUUCUUCUCAAAUAAAUCAUGUUAAACAUGAAUGUGGUUCAAAUCUAAGACUUAUUUAUUAUAUGGGUUUUCAGAUUGAAUGAAAUAAACCAAUGUUUUGACCAUGUCAUGCAUUUUCGUAUAAACAUCUUCUAUAAAAUAAACAGGGUUCAAAAAUCCCGACUCUUCUUGCAGUUCUUUCACUUGGCAGUCUUCUAAUUCAUUUAGUAAUGCUGAUUUUAUACAGUCAUAUUUCAGAGGCACUAGGAUACGUCUUUAUUACUACACAGAACUUUUUCAUUCACCUCGGCUAAACGAAUUUUUCAUUCACCUCGGCUAAACGAAUUUCUAGGCAAAAAAUGACAUUUGAAGGGUUUUUACCCGACUACAAAUUACAAAUUUGUAACAAGCUGUAUUAUUUUGUUACAAUAAAUUUUUAUAACAAGGGUUGUUAUAAAACAUGUACCAUUAGUAGUUAAAAUAACAAAAAAUCUAACAAAGUUCCCACAAGAAAAGAACAAAAUUGUAAUAACUUUUGUUAUGAUCAUAACAAAAAUAUUACAAAACUUGUUCCAUGAAAUAUGAUAGAAUUUAAAAAAAUUAUAACAAAUUGUGUUAUAAUUCCUUGGCAACCUUUUAGGGUAAACACUAAUUUUUUUACUCAUUUUUGGGUAAAUAUUUUUAAGUGUGUUAUUCUAUUUUUAGAAAAUGUAGGUAACAUAAAAAAAUAGUUUCCAGUACGUUUUAAAAUUUUUGAAUCUGAACGGGAUUUGAACCAAGACACCUACCAUCGGUAGCAAUCUGACGCCUUUGCCAAUAAGACCAUCACAACACUUGAAGAGGAUGGUGAUAGAAGCUUUACUGGUUCUACGUAUUUCUAGAUUCCUAAUUCAAAUCCUUGUUUGUCAGACGCACACGAGCGGGACAGUAUGACGUCACAUUGAGCUCGUUGACGUAUAAUAGACAUGAUUUGUCGUUAGUGAUUUUGUUUUAAUCUAUCACAAUUAUAUCAUAUGCAGAUAUGAUAACAGCUGUAGAUAUAAUUUAGUUAUAUUCCACAUUUUUUUAUUUUAAGUAAUGUAAUGGAAUCUAUCACAUAAGGGGUCAUCCAUUAACUUUAUCGUCACUUUUUGAGGAGGCAGGGAGGGUUGAAAAUUUCCAAUUUUAUCGUGACGAACUUAAUAGGUGCUCCCUAAGAUCGAAGCAAAAUAGGUAGAAAAAACAAAUUCCAUGUUAUAAUGAUUUAGUUCCACUUUUGCCUUGUUCAUUAGCAUUUACUACCUGGUAUACUUUUGGCGAAAUUAGAACAGCAGUGCUGUUUUGGUAUUUAUUGUAAUCGAUCUAAUGUUUUCGCGUGUAAAGAUACGUCAUUUGUGUAAAAUUCAACUCAAAAGUAUUGGAAGGCCUACAAAACGUACUUCCAUGUAACGAAAACAUUGUUCGUCCGGUCGCAAGUUGCAGCACAUGCAAUAUCCGUCGUUUUAGAUGGGAUGACUUUGGGUAUUAUCGAUUGGAUUGUUCUAUUCGUCUCGAGGGUUUUAUCGGUCAAAUUGCCUGAAACAUCCCUCUCAACCAGUUUCAGAUUUUCGAUAUCGAUGGAUAUCGAUUUGUAUAGAAUCGAUGGCGAACACUAUCGUCAGAUAAAGCAUUAUAAAGGAAAUCCGAAUCUGGUUGAUAUGGAUGCUCACGCAGAAAUGACGCUUGUUUAAAUCAAUAAAACGCAUGAUUGAUUUACAAACUGAGAAUUCACUUAUUCCAAAGUUGUACUUUUUUUUGUUCUUACUUAGUGUUUAUCGAUAAAAACAAUAACCCAUUAUCAUCAUUUCACGUUAGAAACUUCAAUCGUUUCUACAAAAUGAAGUUCAAAUCUUCCUAUAACUUUCGAACUGUUCGUCCAAUCAAUUGAGUGAUUGUUUUUGGGAUAGGGAGCGCCGGGAGCGGGAUUGUUUUUGGGAUAGGGGGCACCGGUUUUGGCCAGUCUAAGGGAAACAAUUUUUUUUAAUAACUAAUAAUCCUAUGAAAACUACCAAUGUGUCAAAUGAAAGCUUUCGAUCUAUACUUUAUGAAAAAUACAGAAAUCAAGCUAAUACUUGAUUUUUGUAUUAAAAGUGGCACUGGCCAAAAUAGAAUCAUUGCCGCAGUUUUGGCCAUAUUUACAACUUUGGUUCCUAUUUUGGCCAAUCACGUGUAUUUCUUAUGGGAGUGGUCAAAAUAGAAGCACCCUGGCAAAAAUACAAAUGGGAGCUGAUUUAAAAAAAAAAAAAUCUUCCAGUUUUUAAUCAAAAUGUAUGGUUUUCACAGCCGUAAUCAUCACAUUAUAUAAGAAUCUACUAGUAAAAAAUAUAUUUAUGUCGGUUGAGAUAGUAACAGGCUGAAUACCGCACUAUGGCCAAACAAAACUCCAGGAUGGCCAAAACUGAAGCUUCUAUCCUAUAUAAAUGUGUUAGAAAUAACAUAAUGUUGUUGAGUUGAUGGAGCAUCGAAUAACUUAUGAAAAUAGCGCAUCUCUUACAUAUUAAGAGACUCAUGAAGUUAAUAUCCGAGUAUCUCGGAAACGGUUACUUUCAGAAAGGUUAUUACAGUAGACGUUCGAUCAGUGCAAGCGGUUUAACUGCAAUGCUUUAUGUGCAAGCACCUCCAAAUGUCAAAAUAGUGCGCCAUGUUAGCCCAAAUGAUCAGACGGAUGAAGUUCACGUUAAUUUAACGUCAGUUGAUGGUUUGUUGAUACUGUCAGGCGUUCCAGUUAUCGGAUUUUUGUUCGCUAAGUGAAACGUGAACAUGUUGCAGUUAUCGAACGUCUACUGUAUCUUAGAUAUCCUACUAAAAUUUGAAAACGGUCUGAUAAAAAGUUCCAAGCCUUUUUUCACGUUGUUACCCGACUAUCUAGAAGAAUACGAAACUGAGGUUAACAGAGAAGAAAGAAAAGCUAAUGAUCUGAUGAAGGGGAAGAUUGUCAAUGUUUACUUAUUUUGUUUCACACCAGACAAGACUUAACAAUUGUGCCACAAAACUAACCCAACAUCAUCUAGAUUCCAGAAAAUACUGUGCUGUUGUGUCAACAGGUUCUUCGCCACAGCUUCCAGCAGAAAGUAUGUUCUUUAAAAUGCUACAAAGCACUGCUGGUUUGGGAAGAAUUUGGCAGAUUAUAACUAAAUGAUAACUCUGUUGCGUUUUUUUUUAAAAGGAAUAUGAUGCCGUCCCCAAAUUACGCGUAGCUCAAGGGAGAGGGAAAAGUACAACCGAAGGUUACGGUUCAUACACAAAUUUUAGGACUUUUCUACAAAAAAGCGUUACGGAAGAGGGGAGGUUGAUAAAACAUGACGAUUUUAGCGUUGCGUUUUAAAUUAAUGCUAUAAGUUUUGUUUUAUGGCUUUUGACUCGAGUGGUCAGUAUUACAAAAAUGAUCAAACUAUUUCACGUCAAUAUAAAAAACCUAACGCAUUUUAAAAUUAUUUUGUUACAAAAAAUGUAGCAAAUACUACAAUAAAUGUGUUACGAUAUUUUGUUAUAGGCAAUUAUUUUGAUAUGCAUAAUGUAAUAAAUUCUGGUAUAUAUCUGUUUGAAUAAAUAAUACAAGUUUUGUUUUUAAAAUAAAUAACAAAUUUUGUUAUAAUUUCCUUAUGGUUAUUCACAUAUACGAAUCCUUCCAACAAAAUUAUAUCAAAUUAUGUUAUUUCUAACAACGGUUGUAAUAAUUUUGUUAUAAUCUUGUUAGGAGCUUCUGGUCGGGAUACCCUCGUUUUUGUUUCAGUGUAUAUGUUAGUGUGAUGUAUCACCUUUUCAUAAAACAGUACUAGAUAGUAAUAAAUACUAUCACUGCCAUAAAAAAAAGUUUUAUCAUAAAAUCUUCUGUUUUUGUGGCUAUAUCGGUCUCUUUCUACUCAUAGUAUAAGGGAGUAGAGAUCAAAGUGGAUAAUGAAAUGAUAGAUAUGAUAGAAUUCGCUAGGUAGCGAACAAGUGUGAAAUUUUUUAUAGAAGGUGAAAUUAGGCAAGUAGGCCUGAAACUUUUGCCAGUCUUGGUAAGGUGGUAUGAAAACUACCAACCAAGCCGAUCUGUUUAAAAGCACAGGUCGCACGGCAGAAGUUUCACGCAUUCGAUGUAUUCGUUCAAUACAUGGCCUACUUGCCUAAUUUCACCUUCUAUAAAAAAUUUCACACUUGUUCGCUACCUAGCGAAUUCUAUCAUAUCUAUCAUUUCAUUAUCCACUUUGAUCUCUACUCCCUUAUACUAUGAGUAGAAAGAGACCGAUAUAGCCACAAAAUCAUCAAGUUAUUAAUAGAAUACGGUCGAUAAAUCAGCAUAUGAUAUGAAAAGUUUGGCUCAAAAAGAAAAGUGUUCUAUCCUAUAAGAUCGAAAAAGCUAAUAGGAAGAACACGCCGCGAUAUAGGCAUACCCCUAUGAACGGAGUGCGAAUUCCGAAAAAGCUACCGAUCGAUAGAAUUUGUGAUGAAAACAGAACAAUACAUUAGGCAGUCGGGUGCCUGAAACUUUUGCCAGUCUUGGUAAGGUGGUAUGAAAACUACCAACCAAGCCGAUCUGUUUAAAAGCACAGGUCGCACGGCAGAAGUUUCACGCAUUCGAUGUAUUCGUUCAAUACAUGGCCUACUUGCCUAAUUUCACCUUCUAUAAAAAUUUUCACACUUGUUCGCUACCUAGCGAAUUCUAUCAUAUCUAUCAUUUCAUUAUCCACUUUGAUCUCUACUCCCUUAUACUAUGAGUAGAAAGAGACCGAUAUAGCCACAAAAUCAUCAAGUUAUUAAUAGAAUACGGUCGAUAAAUCAGCAUAUGAUAUGAAAAUCUUCUGUAUGAGUUUCCUGACCCUUUUUUGAAAAUUUUUGGGCCUCGGCUAAACGAAUGUCUAUCACUGUAUACUCUGGCCUACGAGGCGAACACGUCACCGUGGAGUUGAUUUCUUGCUCAGCGAUCACGCCCACGCUGCGCUCAUCAAGUGGGAACCUAUUACCGAGAUGCGCAUUGCGAGGAUCGACAGGAGGAGAAAAUCGGGCGGUUCAACACACGCCGACUGGAAGAUGCUGCGCUGUAAAGGUCCUUCGUCGUGGAGCUGUAGAACCGUGCUGCGGAUAAUCCUGAAUGUGGAAGCGUAGAGAUCAAUGGAGUGCCAUAAAUAACGCCAACAUCGCCACUGGUGAGGAAAAUUGGGUGAGAUAUGCACCCGAAGAAAGCAGUGGAACACAGAUGACAUCUGGAAGAAGAUAGAGGAGCGAAGGAACACCAAAGCCGCGAUGUACAGUAUGCGGCAGGAAAAAAUGCGAAAGUGUUGUUCAACUUCAAACCUCGUUUUCGUCCAUUUGACGUUAACCAAUCUAUGAUUCAACGUUCUAUGUUCUCUAAUAGGCUAGUUUUCUGAAAAGUUAAUUAAAAAUUUUCCCAUUUUGGUCACAAACCUUUACAGGGCGGCGCCUGAAGCUGAAGACAACCAGAAUUUUCAAACCGCAGAAAAGUACACAGGUCGCUAAAUUUCGUAUCUGUUAAGCAAAAUUUUGAAAUGUCUCUAAAUACAAUAUCAUCAAAUAUAUGUACUUAUUUCAUCCAGUAUGUGAAACUACAUGGCUCUGGAUCAGUGUGGGCUGGUUGUUCAUCGAAUUUAAGAUAAUUUUUACUGUUAUAGUCAUUUUGUUUAAUGACCAUUGGGCGCGCAGUUUAUUGAUACCCGCUUAUUGGGCUUACAUUAUCACAUGUUAAACAUCAAAUAUGUUCAUUUUUAUUUUGCAGGGCUACAAUUUAGACAUUGAGUAAUACACUGUCAUGAAAAAUGUCAUAUAUAUCUCCCAUAUUUGGCGUGUGAUAGUGCCUUGAACUUUUCGCAUUUUUCCUGCCGCACCCUGUAACGAGCGAAAACACGAGGAGCCAAAACCUAAGUCCACCAGCACUAUUCGGCUCUCGAGAAAGAAGUGAUGCGCUCAUGUACUGCCUAUGAUCGCAUAUCAGUCCCAUAUUUUCUGGGUUUCCUAUUCAUAUGGGACAGUUAUGCGAUCAUAGGCAGUGUAGGUGGGACAAAAAAGCGUGGGCGGACUCCCUAGCCAACGAAGGUGAGAAAGACACAAACAUCGUCUCAUCUACGAUGUCUCACGUUACCCAAGCAACCAAAAGUUCGGAUAAAAUAGCAUGUUUGGGCUUAAUCAGCUAAUCGAAGGAUGAUGAAUAGCAUUCUAUUCAGCUCACUUUUUAAGUAAUUAACCGAACUUGAGUUCACAAAAAGUACACUUGUGUCGCUGAAAGGAACGCUAUUCAGCUUAAAUAUAAGCUUCGAAAAUUGAAAAAAAAAAAUAAGCGCAUUUAUUAUUAUGUCCUCAAAAGUAAUUUAUUAUUAUGAGACAUUGGUACAUGUGUAAUCCAAAUUGACUAAUACCUUGAAAUAAUUUUUAAUGUUUUUUACUUACUGAGAAUUGAACUCGGGUUCUCCUCGUUGAAAGGCGGCACCUAACCACUACUCCAUGUAUAUGUUGUUAGGCACUGCGGGAUUUUAGUCAAUGUGCUGAUAUCAUUUAGUAGAGCUCAAUCAGGUUCGCGUGUGAACUUUCUCUGAACCUCAAGCCGAAGGUUCGAAAGAAGUUUACGUGGAACUUCUUGUGAACUUACAUAGUUUGACAUUUUCAGUCUGUUUUGGUUCGUAUUUGAAACAAGUGCAAAGCAAUAAAUUAGUGCCAGUGCCAAUCAUUCAGAAAAGUUUAUAAGUUUUCGGUGACGACGAUCGCGCCGAUUACCGGCGCGCUGGUGCGACAAGUGAGACGGGGUUGAAACAUCCAGCAAAGCUGGAAGACUUUUACCCGCAGUCGAAAAAACUCCGGUGGAAUCCUGGGCAGAACAGUUUUCCGCUGCGGGGGCAGCCUUUGAGCCACACAAUACGGGUGCUUUGAGUUGAUUACAAGUAAGUAUGUUGAAAUAUUAUAGUGAAACAAAGUGUACUUGUGAAAUUAACACAAGCUGUGGAUGCUGCGAUUUCCGAGUGAUUUAAUUGAAUGAGAACUUCUCCCCGGCCCCGCUGUCGCCGAAGUUCAAAUGAAGUUCACUUUUGGUAUGGUUAAUAUUUAUCCGAAUUUUGAGUAGUAAGUUCAAAACAAAUCCGAAACAAGUUCGGAACGGAACAUUUCAAGUUGUUGUAAUAUGUCCAAAUGAACUAUAUUUGAGUUUUAAAGGCACAACAAAGUUCAACAUGAGUUCGGUUAAUAUUUGAUUGAACUCGGUUUUAAAGUUCAACAUAAGUUCUUUCUGAACCUUUUUUCGACUUUAAUGUCGUUUUGAAGAGAUGAGUUCAUGCUAUGCUCAUGCUCAUAAUGUCGUUUUGAAGAGAUGUCAAAAUCUUGUACAUGUACUUCCAAGUUCAUAACUAAUACAUAUGGAACUUUUUGGAGAUUUAAGUUCAACGAAACUUGAAUUGAACCCAACUUAAACUUCUGAGUUCGUUCUUCAAGUGAUAUCCGAACUUUUGGUUGCUUGGGUACCUUAGCGAAACCAGACACAUCUGAACAGAUAUUGACCGAUUCGGCUGAUCAGCAGAAACGCUGGCGCUGGUUCGAGCACUUUGCAAACCUUUUUAAAAUAUCGACCACGCCACCAAUACCUCCACAUGAUCCGCCAAGGGUUCGACGCAUUACCCGUAUCAGGUAUCACAGCCAUCCGUAGCAUGAAAUCGAACAGAGCCUCGGGGUCGAUCGCAUAUCAGCCGAGAUGCUCAAAGCUGACCCCGUAACAUUUUCGGUCACCUGGAUGCAAGGCGUCUUAGUAAAAGUGCCCAAAAGGGGUGACCUGACUGCAUAUAUGAUGAUUGGCGGGGUGUCAUGUUGCUGUGCAUCGUUCUCGAAGUCCUCUGCAAAGUGAUCCUUAACCGGGUACAGGAGAUGAUUGACGCAACUCUCCGGCGGCAGCAGGCAGGAUUCCGUGCCGGACGAUCCUGUGUGGACCAAAUUGUCACGUUCCGAAUAAUCUUGGAGCAAAUCAGUGAACUCCAAGGUGUUCAUUGAUUAUGAAAAAGCUGUCGACCGUCUCAAUCUCGAAAACAUGUGGGAGAGCUCUCAGGUUCAAGGGAGUCCCUGAGAAAAUCAUCGGCCUCAUUGAAGCACAGUACAGGGUAUUUUCGUGCAGAGUACUGCACAACGGUGUCUUAUCCGAUCCCAUCCGGGUCGCUGCUGGCGUGAGGUAAGGAUGUAUACUAUCACCGCUACUGUUUCUCAUCGUAAUCGACGAGUAUUUACAAUUGAUCAUGAAUCAAAUAGUGGGUUGCUCUGGCAGCCCAUUAUGAUGGAGCACCUAAAUUACUUCUAACUAAUCGAUGACAUUGCUCUCCUAGCUCAACGGCGCUCUGAUAUGCAGAAUAAGCUCGAUGAUCUUGCCAAUCGCUCCUGAGCGGCGGGUCUUACCAUCAACGUCAACAAGAGCAAAUCGUUGGAUGUAAACAAGGUCAGCCCUUCCAGCUUUAUGGUAGCUGAGCAAUCAAAGGGGAAUGUUGAAAGCUUCCAAUAUCUUGGUAGCCAAAUGGCGGUCGACGGUGGCACCAAGAUCGACAUAGUUGCACGGAUCAAGUAUGUGAGGACUGCUUUUGCGAGUUUAAGAAAUGUAUGGAAAAACAGUCAGAUUAGUCAACGCACCAAAAUCCGAAUUUUCAACUCGCACGUGAAAUCUGUGCUGCUGUAGUCGAGUAAAACUUGAUGUGUAUCAGUGGAGAACACUCAACGGCUGCAGGUCUUCAUCAAUAGAUGCGUGGGGUAUAUAAAUCGUGUAUGGUGGCCUCACAAUUUGGGUCUUCAACGUGGAGCUCCAUCGUCGAUGUCAUCAAAAGCUGAUAGUGACAUAAAUUCGAGAGCGAAAGUGGAGGUGGGUCGGCCACACUCUACGCAGGGGCUCAUGGCGGCGCAGCCUCAACAACGAAAUAAAGAAAGUCGACAGAAAUUUGACCAGGUUACAGAUCAAGGAGAUGGCGGGCAAUCACCCAGGAUGGAGAUCUUUUAACUCGACCCUCUGUCCAACCAUCAAUUGCCAAAUUGUUAUUUUACAUAUGGACAGUAAAUAUAGCCGAUGGUGGAUAGAUGUUACCAUCACCUGUGCGAAUUCGAAGCCUCAGCUCGUUGCCCAG